AUGGCCGCGAAGAGUGACACCCAAUCCAGUGAUGGACAACUGGUGAUGACUGGCGGACACAAUCUGGUCGGCUAUCGGCCCGUCUUUACCAACGACUCGAAGUAUUUGUUGAUCCCUUCGGGAACUCAUUUGCGACGAUAUGUGGUCGAAACGGGAUCUUUCAUCACAUCCCACGACUUCGGCCAUCAAAGUCCGAUAGUGUCGGUGCAGAUGAUGGACAACCAGUCGGACGAAGUGAUGGUCACUUCCAGCGAUGGUUUAGUGAUUGUCUGGAAUUUGAGUGAAAACCGAAAAGUGAAUGAAUUUAACAUAAAAGUGAACACCAAUUAUGAGACAAUCAUUUGGUCCCAAUUUGUGGCCAAUUAUUUCUAUUUCACCACAAAUCGCAUCAACAGAGAGACGAUGGAUAGCGUCUGUCAACUCUAUUGCUGUCCCAAGAAUUAUGUUCAGCAAAAGAUGGCAAUGGAUUCGACAAAUCAAGUGAAUCCCACCACCACUUCGGUGGCCUUCUGUCCAUCGUCUUCGCCGCGACACUGUGUCGCGAUUCACGAGAAUCAGCUCUUCGUCUACAGUGUGCCGAAGAACCUGUCGUCGCAACGGAGGCGACACUUGAUGGCGGCCGACAAGAAGUUCACGUGUAUCGCAUGCCAUCCGUACGAAGAGAUGAUAGCGACCGGCGAUUCGUUGGGAAGGAUCACAAUAUGGCACGACUUUGUUGAGAACAACUACCCGUCGCGGUCUAUAAUGCAUUGGCAUCAGUGGCCAGUGGCCGACAUAUGCCUCUCACCGGAGGGCACGUCACUGUAUUCGGUGGGCGCGGAGAACACACUCGUCCGCUGGACUAUUUCGGGCAACAAUUUCGGCAAAAAUGAUUUUAUGCCGCGUUUGGGAAUGAAUAUCAAGUUUGUGUCCAUUGAUCGCAAUCAGCAUAUGAUCGUCACAUCACACGAAGACAACUCCAUACAGAUAUUGGGCCCACAAAUGAAAGGAAUCAAAUGCGUGAUCGAAGGCCUGACGUUGGGCUCCGGCGGUAAUUACGAACUCUCGACGGUUCUAUUCGCCUGCGUGAUCGAAGGCCUGACGUUGGGCUCCGGCGGUAAUUACGAACUCUCGACGGGUUUGAUAUGGAAUCAGAAGAUGAGAGCCAUUACACUGAACGGCAGGACCGGUCACUUGCAGUUCUAUUCGCCAGAAUGUCAGCGACAACUCUUCCAAUUGGAUGUUGUAAAUCAGAAUCUGAUUACAAGUACCCGAGAAGUGACUGUAAUUCCUACCGAAUUGUCCAAAGCGGCGGUCAGUGAAGACGGUGUAUGGCUUUCCACUCUUGAAAUUCGAGACGAUUUUGAAACGUUACCCGAAAUUAGACUUAAAUUUUGGGAAUUGAAGCCAACGAUGAAAAAUUAUUUAUUGAAUACAACCAUUCAUUUGCCCCACAAAUCAAAUGUCAAUUGCCUUAGAUUUGCACCAAAUUCUCAAUCCAUGGUCUCUACGAGUUUGGAUAAAGAGUUUAAGAUUUGGGGUUUAGUUAAAGACGACGACAAGCAGUGGUGGAAGUGUUAUAAAGUGGGAAAUUUAAACACCGUUUCUGAGCCAACUAUAGCCAACUGGUCAUCUGAUUCAUCACUGCUGGCCAUCGCUUACGACAAUUUCGUUACGCUUUGGGAUGUUUUUGACAAAACUGUUCUUAAAUUGAUGACCAAAUUGUCUGUCGACGAGAAAAAUGAUUCAAAGCUCUUAUUCGUUGACUUUGGAUACGAAGACAAAUCACAUUAUUUGAUUGAAGGCCGCAGUAAUCUCAUUAAAGUGUGGAAUCUAUUGGAUUUGAACGUUGUGUGGAAAUGUCAAACGUAUGAAACAAUACGAAACAUGUCUUUUAAUAAAUGGGAAAACAAAGUGGCCGUCACUUCAGACACGAGGAUAACAUUUUAUGGACUCGAUUCUGAAGAUAGCGUCGGUUCUGUGGAUGUGAAGGCUAGCGAUGAGCCAAUAAUUGCCACUCUUUUCACCAAUGAAAAGGCCGUUAGUUUUGAGGGAACCGAUGCUAAGCCAGUGUUGGAGCGGACGAAGUGUUACUGUAUGAACAACAGGCAAGAGUUGUUUGUUUUGGGACACAACGAGCGGCCGUCUGUCCGGCGGACAGAAGUGAUGACAUGGAAUACGGGGGAUGUGUUGUCUCCGAUGGCACUCAUGCUUAUCAACAAAAAGGAGAGAAAGGAAGUGUUGAAUACCGAAGACUUGGAGUCGUAUUUCAAGACCAACACAAGUGUCACUAAACUAGUGGAGGAUAUGUUUUAUAACGUGCCCUCACAUGUGUUGCCACCGAUUGAUAUCUUAAGCAAAACAUUUUUAACGGCUUUGAAUAAAUGUCAGGACAAUAAACACGAGAUCAAAGAUGACAAGCAGUUUAAAGUUCCCUCCGAUCUGGAAAUGAAGCCAUUAUUAGCGCUGAGUUAUGACAAUCAUAGCGACAAUCAGUCAAACUCUACUAAUUUGGACACAAAUGAUAGGGAAAGUGAAGUGAAAGCUAUGAUAAUUGACGACCAGAACGAAGAGGAGAACCAGUUUGUUGAAGAAGACUAUUCGUGGCUCAAACAACUCGAUGCUAUUAAUUGACUAAAUAUUAUUAUUGUAUAUUUAAAUUGAUAAAUUCAUAUAUAAUUAUUUUAAUAAAGUUUUUGCCCUUCAAAUGAC